UCCACAUUUUUUUUAUAUCUCCCAUUGUAUCGUCGACACUCUGACCCGUGACCCGGUUUACUUAACUUGGCUCCGGCGAUGUCAAUGAGAAGAUGAAAAAUGCAAUAUUCCGACCUUUCUUCUCGUCGCGUGGCUUCUGCACUUCGCUCAUCUCACACCAUCAACCAUUUCCGCAAAACCAUGACUUCAUUCCUCCCUCUACUUCGUUUUCCAAUGCUCUGCAGCUUUACAUUAAUUCCGAGACUCCUUCCCACGGCCAAAAGAUCCAUUCCAGCAUUCUGAAAUCUGGGUUUGUUCCAAACACAAAUAUUUCCAUCAAACUACUUAUAUUGUACCUCAAAUGUAAUUGCUUGAGGUAUGCACGCCAGGUGUUUGAUGAUUUGCGGGACAGAACUUUGUCUGCUUAUAAUUAUAUGAUUAGUGGCUAUCUCAAACAAGACCAAGUUGAAGAGUCUCUUGGUUUAGUUCAUAGGCUUUUAGUGUCUGGUGAGAAGCCUGAUGGCUUUACUUUUUCAAUGAUUUUAAAGGCGUCUACUUCUGGGUGUAAUGUUGCGCUGCUUGGUGAUCUGGGUAGAAUGGUGCAUACCCAGAUCCUUAAAUCUGAUAUUGAGAGAGAUGAAGUUCUUUGUACUGCACUGAUUGACUCUUAUGUUAAGAAUGGGAGGGUUGCUUACGCGAGGACUGUGUUUGAUGUGAUGUCGGAGAAGAAUGUGGUAUGUUCAACAUCCCUCAUCUCCGGUUACAUGAAUCAAGGGUCUAUUGAAGAUGCUGAAUGUAUAUUUCUGAAAACGAUGGACAAGGAUGUGGUGGCAUUUAAUGCGAUGAUAGAAGGCUACAGCAAGACAUCUGAAUAUGCCAUGAGAUCUCUUGAAGUUUACAUUGACAUGCAAAGGUUGAACUUUAGGCCAAAUGUUUCUACAUUUGCCAGCGUAAUUGGUGCUUGCUCCAUGCUUGCGGCAUUUGAAAUUGGGCAACAAGUACAAAGUCAGCUUAUGAAGACUCCAUUUUAUGCCGACAUAAAACUGGGAAGUGCCCUUAUAGACAUGUAUGCCAAAUGUGGAAGAGUUGUGGAUGCUCGAAGAGUUUUUGACUGCAUGCUUAAGAAGAAUGUUUUUUCAUGGACAUCUAUGAUUGAUGGAUAUGGGAAGAAUGGGUUUCCUGAUGAAGCACUUCAGCUAUUUGGAAAGAUCCAAACAGAAUAUGGCAUUGUGCCCAAUUAUGUGACAUUCCUUAGUGCUCUUUCAGCUUGUGCACAUGCUGGACUUGUAGAUAAGGGUUGGGAGAUCUUUCAGAGCAUGGAGAAUGAAUACUUGGUAAAGCCAGGAAUGGAGCAUUAUGCUUGCAUGGUUGAUCUGUUAGGUCGAGCAGGGAUGCUGAAUCAGGCUUGGGAGUUUGUCAUGAGGAUGCCUGAGAGACCGAAUUUGGAUGUGUGGGCUGCUUUACUUAGUUCUUGCAGACUCCAUGGUAAUUUAGAGAUGGCAAAAUUAGCUGCAAAUGAGCUUUUUAAGCUGAAUGCUACUGGAAGACCGGGGGCAUAUGUUGCACUAUCUAAUACUUUGGCAGCUGCUGGGAAAUGGGAAAGUGUAACUGAGCUUAGAGAAAUAAUGAAGGAGAGAGGAAUAUCCAAGGACACUGGCCGAAGUUGGGUUGGAGCUGAUAGUGUCUUUUAGUUUUUAUAAAAGGUGCAAAGAUGCACGACAACAUUUUUUUUAAAUGAGAUGAUCCCUCUAGAUUGCUUCUUGUGCUUCUAACAAUAAUGUAAAGUAUUUAUUGAAAUAUGAAACAAUGUUUGAUGAAGUGGAGAUACAAUGGUGGCUUUAAGAGGAAGUUGCAGAAAGUAUGGUUCAAGGAGGUUAAUCACAACUGAUCAAAUAGAAGAAAACACAAAAUGCAGUUACUGACUAUUUUGAGCAAGGCUGAAGUCAAGUCCGGCUGCUGCAAACUAUAUAAAUUAUUAUAUAUGUGUAUGCAUAUAACCACAAUCUCAAUCAUUAAAUUUUUCAAUCAAUAUUUGUAACUCUUCGUUUUACUCUUUAUAGUGAAAUUUAGAGGAAAUUAAUCUGUUCAUCAAAUUCAUAUGGCA